AGCUACGACGAACUGGAAGAUGCACAAGAAGCUCUUAGUGGCGAAGGAAAUGGUCUAGGUUUGGGCGAUGGUGUUAUCUAUCGGGGAUGGAUGAAUGAACUACGGGGAAGAUAUUCUCCCGCUACCUACCACGUUAAUCAUGCGCAGUCGGUUCUAGUUCGACUAGAGGGGUCAACAUUGCGAAUUUCGAGGCCAGCUAAAGCAGUGUUGAAACACGCGUUCCAUGAAGAUCCAACACUCACUCAGCCGCAGCCAACUAUGGUUUCACAAACAAUAUACAGCCUUGUCGAUGCUCAUGUAUCAUUACGGCCAAAACGGCUAGCGAAGAGACGGUGGUGGAGUCGCAAGUACCCAAUCCACAUUCGUUUCGCGCGUACGCCAGGGAAUAUUGUUAACGUGUCGAAACCUCUCUCACGGUUGCAUUCCAGUUCCGUAUCCAUGCACCCAGUUGGAACUGCUCCCGAGUGUUUACCGUCCCUAGAGGUUGAAGGACUGUCAUCCUUUGAUGACGGUUACACAGCUGAAACAGACUCAAAUGACGAAAGCGAGCCAGAUCUUACUCGGAUGAGUCGUGCCAAUUCGCUCAGCGAUGUCGAUGAUUUCAUCAGUGUACCCGUUGGUGCUCCGUCAUCACAUAAACGCAGGUCUCUGUAUCUGUUUGUGCGAGCUGCUCGUGAAAAAGAACGAUGGUUCCAUUUACUUCGAGAAGCUUGUGCUCAAUCCAAAGGGUUUGCGAGACCGAAGACAAGACGAAGGAACAGCGAAGUGCGCUUUGCACUUGACGUGAGCACUGCUUGUCUAUUGACAUCACUUGUUUUUACCACUAAAAUUGUUUACAUUUUUAUUCAUCUGGAAACUUUCAGGCAAAUUUCGCUGAUUCUUGGCUGUGGCGUCCCCCAACCUGAACGGGGUUCCACUGUAUCCGUAGAUCUUGGCACAGUCAAAUGGAAGCCCGGGAUUCCUGAAAAGAGCUCGGAUCUUGUCGAGUCGAUUAAUUCUCUUGGAACUAGAAUAUUUUUCGAUUUUUGUCGUGACGAGUUUUGGGCUAAUCAAGUGAAACAUAAAAUUCAGAGCAAAUUAGCCACGAUACAUUUGCCUUACUUCAUUGAAGAAUUGGAGUUAUCAUCAUUGAGUCUUGGAACGACUGCUCCACAAAUUGUAGGUGUAUACGCCCCAAAACUAAAUGAGUGGGGCAUUUGGGUUGAUUUGGAGAUGAAAUAUGCUGGCGGGAUUCGAUUGGUGCUUCAAACUAGCGUGAACCUUCUUAAGCUUCAAUAUGGAGCUGCAAAGGUUGAAGCGGAGCGAAAAUUGUGCCGUUUGACGGAUGCGAUGGCGAGGACUUUCUCGCACUACUCAGAUGAGGAUCUGCCAGAGAGCCCUGAGAGCAGUCCCGAUGAGGACUUUGGUGCAAAAAAUAAUUUCGAAAGUACAAGCACAAGAGAGAGGACGGGAAAGAAGAUCAUUUCGAUGGUAGAGCGUGCAGCACAGAGCAGCUUUUUCCAGAAAGCUGCGAAGCUUCCAAAAGUUGCUAAGCUGAUAGAAGACGUUUCCUCGACACCUCUUAUUCUAAACGUUGAAGUGGAAAUUCUUGAAGGGCCUAUAACUGUUAACAUACCACCACCACCAUCUGAUCGAUUAUGGUAUGGAUUUCGGCGUCCGCCGUUGGCUUCCAUACGAGCUGUUCCUCAAGUUGGCGAUCGGUCUGUUGAUAUGUCAACAGUUUCCGACUGGAUCGAGUCCAAGCUUCGCUUACUAAUCGAAAAGAAUCUGGUUUGCCCAAAUAUGGACGAUAUCGUACUACCUAUCAUGUCUGGAAAUGACCUUUUACAGAAAGGCGCCUACAACCAGUGA